AUGCAAGACGACGACUACUUGAACUCAGUUAACUAUAAUGAGAAGUCAAUCAAGAAGUCUAAAAAUUAACCUUUAGGCGGGUCCACUUCAGGGUAUAAAACAAAUAACUACAAAAUAGCUGAAGACGAUGACGAUGAUGUUAAUGAGAGAGAUUACGAUUAGUAUGAUUAAACUGAGAGAGUAGUAAAUGAUCAUAAUCAAAUGGGUCGAAAGAGCGAUAAGCUGGGAGAUUCAAUGGGAAAAUCACAGUAAUAAAAUAAAAGAGACAACUCAAAUAGUAAAUCUCCUUAAGGAAGAGAUAAAGCUAAGAGCACUGGAAAUUUAGAUGAAACCACUGCAAAAGAGCAACAAGCAAGAACUUUUAAACUGACUUUGAAGUAAACUUUACCAAGACCACAAGACAUCUCAGAUGAUGAUAAAUAAUUUCUGUUACCAAAACUUGGCAAGUAAAACGAGAAACUUCGAGACUAGGUAAAUGGCUUGCUGGACUUGCUAGAGAAUUAUGCAAUAAGCUUUUAUUCCAAGAAAAACGACAAAUACAAGCCUUAGAAGUAUUAACCUGAUGACUCUCUAAAGUCAAAAGACAAAGUUCUGCUAGAAAAGCUCAAUAAAAUACAUCAUUACUAAAAAGAAAUAAAGGACUUAAGGAAGUAACUCUCAGAAUCAUAUAACAUAGAGCGCCUCAAUGAACUCGAAAAUGAGAUCAAGAAUAAACAAGGUCGCAUUAAAGAAUUGAAGGAUGAAGAAAUGGCUUUGAAAAGAGUGCAGGAUGAGUAGCAAGUGGCUAUUUAAGCAAUUAACAGAGAAGGGGAUUAUGAUGAAAAGAUUUAAGAUAUGGUUACACAACUACGUUCAUUGAAAAAGCAGUAUCGAGAAAUAUACUAUGAGUAACUUGAAAACGAUAAGGUCCUCAUAGAAAAGCAUGAUGGCUUAGUGCAAAUGGAUCACAGAGUACGCAAAAUGCAACAUCAAAUCAAAGAAUAAACUGAGGGAUUAAAAACGAAGAAGGACAAGUCAGACUAAGAUCUGUAGGAUAUUUCUAGUUCUACUUUGAAUAAGCUAAAGGAUGAAAUCGAUAAAUGCAAGUAAAAUCAUCUUCAAGAAGAGAGGACUCUAAAGCAAAGUUUAUAAGAUUAGGAAAUAGAAAUUGAGCAACUUGAUCAUGAUGUUAAGGUGCUUGAGCUUUAAGUUCGUGAAAAAGAGCAAGAAAGUCGAUUAGCUGACUUAAAAAUAAAGGAACUAAAACGAAGUCUAAGGCAUAAAACUUUGAAACCGUUAGCAAGCAGCCCAAAAGCCCUUACAAAAGGUAAAAAUGGACAUAUCAAAUAUCAAUCCUAGAGUGAAAUAGGCUCAAAAGUGUUAAAAAAGAAGCUUGAAAAUGGCAGAGUAACUUAUUAGGAUGUAGUGCUAACUGAAGAAAAUGUUAAAUUGCAUGAGUAGAAAUAUCAAUAAUAAUAAUCACAAAGAUAUUAUGCAUCUAAUCAAGAUCUAGGGAAGUAAACAUCCAAUACCUAAGUAUUCUUAACAGACGAUAUUCAUGUUAGAGAUUCAAGAAACCCUAUUGAAAAACUUAAGGGUCCUUAGAUGAUGACUCCCAGAAUGGACUAAAUGCACCUGAACCUAGAUGCAAAGUAGUAGCAAUAUAACACUAUCUCAAGUGAUCAAGAUAUACUAUAGCCCAAACGAUUGGGACCUGCCCCAAACUAAGGUAGCAUGCUGAUACAGUAAAACGAAGUUAAAAAUACACAAAGGUAACAGUAGAAGUAGGAAUAGUAACUUGAUCUGGGAGGAUCGAUAACUGAUAUGGACCAGAGCAGGAAUAAUAAUUAGUAGCAGAAUAUAUAUGCCAAGCCACUAAUGAUGUCUAAAAAGAAGCCCUAAUGA